GGAGGAAACGGAAGGAAGAAAGCGUCAGAACCGUCAUCGAAAUAGAGGCUAAGGCGGUUUUAAGCUCAAGGGGCAAAGAAGGCGGGGCUGGAGGGACUGAAGGAGGUGGCUGGCGGCGGUAGCGACCCAAACUAAAAGAGACUGGAAGGACCGCGUUAGCUCAGUCAUACCCAGGGCCAGUAGGCGGUCACACCUUCCCCGCCACGCCGGCACCACUCAGGCUCAGGGUUACGUGCGGUCAAGAGCGGCCAAGUGUGUUCCAGCGGACCAGGAGCAGCGAUAGGAGGCUUAGAAGGAGAGCUAGCAGAGGUCCCAGUGCAGCACCAUGGUCGUUGCUGUGCUCUGGGUGACGGCCGCCCUAGUGUCGUGGGCGGCGGGGGCGGCGGUGAUCAAGCCUCCUGCAGAUUUGGGUCUGAGUCCUGUUACGCUGCCACAAAAAGAUUCAAGAUUGAUUUUGAACCCCUUGAAUCUCUUCGGUAAUCCAGACUGUAACUACGAGGGCCAGCAGGGCACUUGCUAUGGGGAGGUGGAGUGCCUGGCGUUGGCUGGCAGUUACGGGGGUUUCUGCUCUGGCCUCACUGGGUUGUGCUGCCUAUUUUAUCGCACCUGCAACAUGAGGACAUCGCAGAAGACGGCAUAUUUCCGCAACAAGCAGUAUCCCUUGACCGGACGUGCCACGGAGUCCUGCACUAUGAAUAUCAUCAAGAGGUCUGAGGACUACUGUGGCCUUAGGGUGAACAUGGAAGAAGCAAAUUUACCAAAGCCAUCGAGGAACGGCUUGUGUGACGAAGCUUCGUACAUGAUUGGUGGAAGCCGCAACAGUCGGAUCACCGCUAAGUGUGGUGACCUAACUGGACACACAUUUGUGUAUGACAUGAGAUCCCAGGACGAGUUGCAGGUCAUCAUCAACUCCUCCACCGUGCGCAGCGGCAUCAACUGGAACAUCAGGGUGGACCAAGUGCUCUGCAGCGACUUCACCGGCGAGGACCUGCUGGGGACUGGUGGCGGCAUUGAUGUUGGCACUGGCAUUGAUACUGGCACUGAUGUUGACAUUGGUACUGGAUUUGGCACUGGUUCUGGUUCUGGAUCUGGAUCUGGAUCUGGCACUGGUUCUGGUUCUGGAUCUGGAUCUGGCACUGGUUCUGGCACUGGUUCUGGUUCUGGCACUGGUUCUGUGACUGGCCCUGAUGGUGGCACAGACCCUGGUUCCACUGGUCCAACAGGGCCAGUCCUGCCGCCCAGUGUCAAGCCUCCCGCCCCUCCACCGACCACUGCUGUCCUUCCUGCACCUGUGGACACCAGGUGUGGCCAGCGAGGGCCUCCCUUCAACCAAGCGAGUAGAAAUGGAGGCAGUGCCGCCAGACGCAUGGCUCUAUUGGGUCCCUUUGGCCCUGAAAUGGUGCAGUUCAGUGGAAGGCGCAAGGGUGGGUACCCCAGGCCUGGCUACACAUUCCGACGGCCGGGAUCAAACUUCCGACGGCAGGAUCAGCAGCGACCAAAUAGGAGGAAGAACAGCGAAAGCCGCCGAAACCAGUCCCCCAGCAAGAAGCAGACGGAAGACUCCACGGUAACCUCUGCGGUGCGGCAAGGAGCUCAGCCAGCCGUUGGGUUUGCCGGCACUAGGGCAGUCACCUCGGCGGAGUGGGGCGUGCCGGACCUCAGCGAGUCUCUUUUCAAUCAGUACAUGGGUGACCGCAGCGUUUUCUCCAAUCGCAUUACUUUCGGGCAGUUGGCUGGGCUGAGGGAAUUCCCCUGGCAAGUGGCCAUGACAGUGAGGGGCAAAUUUCACUGUGGCGGUUCCAUCAUUGGAGAGAGCCACAUCCUCACCGCCGCCCACUGCGUUGUCUCGUACAAGAACAGUCCCCUUACCAUCGACCUGUCCCUUGGAGACUGGGACCUCAACGCAACAAAUGACGCCCCCAACAAGAAUGUUCAGGUGGACACUAUCACGGUACACCCCAAAUACUCCCGUGCCACGCUGCAGAAUGACUUGGCCAUUCUGAAGCUGACGCAGAAGAUUACAUUCACUGAAAACAUCAAGGCAAUCUGUUUACCCGAUAAAGAUGUAGCAGUGGCUGGGAAGCACUGCAUUGUGAGUGGCUGGGGCAGGAACGAGAAGAAGUUACUCCAGCCACAACUACACUUCCUGGAGGCUAAGAUCGUGAGCAACGUUCUCUGUGACAGCCGGUGGCAUGCUCAGGGGGCGGCAAAUGGCUUCAUCGUCCCCACCAUGAUGUGCAUGGAUGCCACAAAUGGAGACUCGUGCAAUGGUGACAGUGGCGGUCCUUCUGUCAUUGAGGACCCCGAGGGCUCAGGGACCUUCUACCUGGCCGGCGUGGUGUCCUUCGGGUCUGGGUCCUGCGUGGAUGCGUCUCUUCCGGGCGUGUAUACCAGAGUCGAGAAAUUCAGACAGUGGAUUCUGGAUAACAUGGUCUAGUUCCUAUCUCAAGCUAACCUCACCAGAAAAAAAACUAUUUAUAACUUAAUCUAUACACUAUGCCUUAUGCCUUAUACAAUUUAAGAGUUACACACUAAUUUUGUACAAUGAAAGCAAUGGUAGUAAUGUGAGAUUAACAACCAUGGUGCAGUGUUGUAAUAAUUAUAGUGUAUUGCCUUGGUUAGGAUUACUCCCAUUAUGUUGCUUGGAAAACUCAAGCGAGGUGCGCCAUUAGCUAGGAUAUUUAAAUCACCCAAUCAGUACAGGCAUAUAUGCAUAACAACUUUGCAAUUUUUUAUAUCAUUUGCACACUUUGACCAUGAUGAUUUAAGGGGUUACAUGACUAUACCGGCUUAUGUAACUUUUUUUUCCUGUUGUUAUUAUUUUUUUCUUUGUUAAUCUGUUCUCUCGUUUUUUUCGUUUGUCUUUUAUUGUUAUUGUUGUUUCUCUUGUUCUUGUUCUUCCUCAUCUUCUCUUUUUUCAUCUUGUUUUUUUUCACUUCUCCUUUUAAUUCUUGUUUUUGCACUUCUCCUUUUUCUUCUCGUUCUUAUUCUUGCUCUUCUCCUUCUUUUCUUUUUCUUCUUCUUUCCAUACACUGAAUAUGCGAAAUCAAAUGCUUGGAUGAUGGAGGAUUGUGAUGCAUCUUGUGUUAGAAACUUCCGCUGUGGCACUUCAAGACCCCAAGGAAAACUUCACCGGAAACUCCAGAUAAGGGUCACUAUUCUCAAACGCUUCCACUUCCCACGUCAACAAUUUCCAAAGGUCAAAAGGGAGACUAAUCGGGUUUUCAUGAGUGUUCCUUUGCAAUUGUAGCAUAGAAGGGUCAGACUACCACCAGAGCCAUCAAACUACUCCUGGAAAUGCCCGAAACUCCUAUGAAAGCCAUGUGUGCUGGGGCGUUGAGAGGUUUGAGAAUGUGGCCCCAGGAUAACUUUUGGGUCUCAUUCCCUUUGUAUCCACUGCUCUGUGAAUGUUGGAGGAGCUUUGUGUUGUGUGAUGUAGACUCCUAAGCAUGUAAACUCCUCCUAUAUUUGUCACCUGUUCUGUAAUCUCAUAGGAGGAAGAAAAGCUACAAUGGAAAACAAAAAUCGAGGCUCAAGUUCUGGAGAAUAAGUUGUGGCAUUAUAGAAUUAGAAACCAUCUACUUGACUACAGGCAAAAAUAGUGUCAUUACAGUGGAGUAUGUAGCUUGGCUGUUAUUUAAUACAUUUGUUAUACUAUA